AUGGUAGCAGCAUCAUGCUGCUCUUCAGAAUCUCAGCUGUCAGACAGCAGUGAUGCAGCUCAGGCUGCAGAAUCAGAGAGGUCCCAAGAUGUCAAGAUCUACAUCCCGUAUGAGUCCGCUGAACUCUGUAUCACUCAGAUCGCAGAGGACAUGGAGGCAAUGAAGAGGAGACACGUGGAAAUGAUGCAGGAGCUGGAGGAGAACUUUCAGGUCACAGCAAGAGAGAACCAGGAAUGGACUGUGCAGAGGAUCAGAUCACAUUACCAGAACAAGUUAAACACUCUAAGGAGAAUCCUGGAUGUCUAUCAGGAGAAGGUAGAAAAGAAGAAUGCAGACUGGGAGAGAAGAGUCGCGGCCUUGACAGCACAGGUUGAGACACUGCAGGAAGAGCAGCGAGCAGAGAGGAGGAGGAAUAAAGAAGACGCUGUGCAGUGUCACAGAGAAAAGAGUAAAAUGCUGGAGCUGUUCUCCAACAGGCUGGACGUCCUGCACAGCCAUCAGGCCUCAACAAUUCAGGAACUCCAGAUGGCCAGACAGGAAGUAGGCAAGGUCCAAGAGAUGCUGAUAGUUUUAUCACAGGAGCAGCAGGAGGCCACAGAGGAAGGUGAAAGUUCAGAGAAUGAAGGAUUGCCUGCACAACAAACUGUGGCUUGUAGUGACUCAGAUCAGCCGCUGGAGGGGGCUAAAGUCCGCCUGGAGGAGCUGAAAGAGAGCCUGUACCAGAGGGAGAGAGAGCUCACUGAGCUGCUGGAGGCAGAAAGGAGCCCUGUCCUCCCUGUCCCACUGCCUCCCUGCAGCGUCCUGCUCCCCUCAGUCAUACAUAAGGCUCAUGCAAUCUGCAGUACAGUGACUGAUGCCCGAGCUCUUCUGGAUCAGAUGAUUGAGGAGAACCGGGUUGCUCUGCUGGAAGCCAGAGACAAACUGGACAGUCUACAGGUGGCUACAGGGGCCAAUAAUCUCAGAGAGGAUAAGACCACUAACCAAGAAGGUUUCAAUGAACAGGACUCAAGUUUGUCUUUACUACAAGAAGCAGUGAGAGGAUAUGAGGUCUCCCUACUGGCUUUAGACUGCAUCAAGAGUGGAGAGAGCCCUGAGUUGAAUGACUGUGAUGAAGUCUCAGAGCUCAAGAACAUCUUUGGACAAGGGACAAUUCAGACCACAGAGGGAGUGAAGAGCGUUGGUCAGCAGCUCCUUCUGCUGCAGGAGCAGUUAAAGCAGGUUAAAGAGGAGAAAAAGAAAAUCAUUGACAACUACACUUUAGAAAGGACACUGAGGAAGAAGUACUACAACAUGGUGGAAGACAUGAAAGGUAAAAUCAGAGUGUUCUGUCGGAUUCGACCUGUAAACCGAACUGAGCUGGCACAGGAAGAAGCUAUUGUUGUGGAGAAAAUCGAUGAUUUCUCUGUCACUGUUGAAACUCCUCGUGGCCAGAGGGAGUUUCAGUUUGACAAAGUGUUCAGUGCCGAAGCCUCUCAGGAAGAACUGUUUCAGGACACCCACAGGCUCAUCCAGUCAGCUCUUGAUGGAUUCAACGUCUGCAUCUUUGCAUAUGGUCAGACAGGCUCAGGGAAGACCUUCACCAUGGUGGGAGACAAAGAGCAGAAGAACCCUGGGAUCAUGCCGAGAUCUUUUAACGCAAUAUUUGAUUUCAUUCAAGAGAACAGGUCAAAAUUUGACUUCAAGGUUUCAGCCUACAUGCUGGAGCUGUACAACGACAGGCUGCAGGACCUCUUCGUGAGCCCGGCUGGAGAGGCCCACGCUCAGCCCCAGUCCCACGGCCAGGCCAGGCGGGUAGAGAUCAAGAGGAACAGAAAGGGGGUUGUGUUCGCACAAGGAGCAGAGACAAAGGAGGCUUCCAGCGCUCAGGAGCUCUACGCUCUGUUCCAGCAGGCCUGCGCCAACCGACACAUCUCCGCCACCAAAAUGAAUGUCGAGAGUUCCCGCUCCCAUCUCAUUGUUGGCAUCAUGGUUGAGAGCAGAAAUCUGACCAAUGGGAGCGUGAGCACUGGGAAGCUGAGCCUGGUGGACCUGGCAGGCAGUGAACGAGCAGCCAAGACGGGUGCCAAGGACCACCAGCUAAAGGAGGCAAACUCCAUCAAUAAGUCUCUUAGUGCUCUGGGGGAUGUGAUCUCAGCUUUGUCUGCUGAGCUGCCCCACGUACCCUACAGGAACAGCAAGCUGACACAGGUGAUGCAGGACUCUCUUGGUGGAAAUGCCAAAACUCUCAUGAUUGUCAACAUCUCUCCUGCAAAUUGCAACGUAGAGGAGACACUCACCUCUCUCAUUUAUGCUACAAGAGUCAAAGCCAUAACCAACAAUGCUCAGAGAAAUGUGGACAGCAAAGAGAUUGCUCAGCUGAAAGAGGUGAUUAUGAAGCUGAAGGCAGGACAGACAGUAGAAGAGGAGGAUGUCUGAACAGUACUAUGUCAC